GCAACCGGACAGGCGUUCCGCCGAUGGUGGUGGCUGGAUAGAGGCGCCUAACGGCAGCUGAGUCUCAUGAUCCGUUCAUUCGGGUUCGCGCGGCUACCGCCGUCUCUGCUCGGCUCCGCGUUUCGAGGAAGCACCCGGCGAGUUUACCGAAACGCUCGUGGCAUUGCGCUUGCACUCGUCCGCGCGAGCUUUCGUCGUUUUCGCGCGUGCAGCCGCUUCGUAUCGCGCUCUCUCGCCCCAACCGCGAUCCUAAUUUAUCUUUUCUCUCUCCCCCCCCCUCUCUCUCUUCCUCUCUCUCCCCCAUCGUGUUUCUUGCGCCGCGUUUCCGCUCGGUUCUCCGUCGCGGCGCGUCUCUCGCGAUGACGUUCCCCGGGUGACGAGAGAAGACGAGCCAGCUCUCUCCCGAUGAUCGUCGAGUGUCGAUCCCGAAAAGAUUCCCGGCGGCUCUAACGAGUCGAGACACGCAGUGUUCGGAAAGUAAAAAAAAGAAAACGAGAUAAAAGAAAAAAGGUGUCUGAAGUGUUCGCGGUUGUUGCAGCUGUUCGCGCGAGCGAGCUUCGCCGCGCCGCGCGUCGAUCCUCGAUCGAGGAGGAUCCUCGGGAGGAUCCCUCGGGUGGAUCGCGGCUCUUUUCCGGAGGACGGGCACGUCCCGGACUGAUCUCGUUACGCAGAAACAGUUGUGUUGUGCGAACCCAGGAAUACGUGGUGCGACGCGGCAGUCAACAAGUUAUCCGGCUCGUUUUGGUACAGUUUUGUCAGUGAUCCCCCGUCCGUUUCCCUCCGGCGAUUCGUGACGUGCCACGAAUUCCCUGUGUUCUCCAGCGAGCCGUGGGUCGCGAGUGCGAGCUCCGUGGCACGGGCGCCGGGGAUCGUCUUCGAGGAUCGCGGUUCUCCCCCGUGUGGAAAAACGAUCUCCCCUAUUUCCCGCCGGCAGAUAAUUUUCGGUAAACAGGUGGCGGUGCCCUCUGAUUGCUCUGCCGGUCGGCUGGAGGGGACCUUUGAUCCUCUCCGGAUUGAAAAUCGUUCCGACCGGUGCGGCAGGGUGCUCGCGCCCGGUUUACGCGCGGAAUCAAUCCCGCGGCUUUGACAGGGGUUCGGCCGAUCUCGCGCAAGCACUAGCAGGCUGCUAGCCAGCGAAUCGCGCGGCUGUCCCGUGCGGGAAAUCAGCGGAUGGAAAGAGACGAGACCGGAUAGCUCGCUCGCGGAUCGUCGACGUAGGAGCGCAGCGUUCGGAGCGCGUUCCGUGUCGCAGAGGCGUGGACCAGCUUUCGGGACAGAAUUAAAUGGUUCUUAGGCGAACUUCGGCGAGGAACGUGUGCGCUUGGAUGACGCCGAUGCGACGAUUUCCAGCGGGAAAGAUGAUCGAUUCGCGCACGACGAUGAUGUUCAGCUCGCCGGGCCCGACGAUCUCCACCGAGGACCGCAACUGCGUGAAACCGAGCGAGGAUCCACGGUCCCUUUUCACGAUCGCAAAUUGAGGCGGGUCUUGAGCCACUCCACCGUGAAAUCGGUUAAUGUCGCUGCGGCGGAGGGAUCCGGGCUGCCACGGUUAUCGGUUCGAGCGGUGUUUGCGACGUAAUAGACGCCGACAGAUCGCAGCUAGCCGCACACGGCGCCGACCAGGUUACCUUUUUUCUACGGGCGGUGGCCGAUUGGCAGCGGGACAUUCGCUGGAAGAGGGUAUGAGGGGCCAUCCAGACAGCACGUAGGGACUGGCCCUUCCUCGUUUUCGGAGAUGUGCUGCUAUAUACGGUACAGCGUCCUCGGGCUCACCGUCCUCCUCUUCCUGGCGAUUCAUGGGAUUGUCUUCGUGCGAGCUGGCGAACAAGAGCGGGAGGUCUGGUAUGAGGCUGCGACACACGCGAUCGAGGCACGUAUUCGCGCGUCGGCGGCGAGUUCGAGCGUCAGCGGGACGACGCCGCCGGGCGGCGUGGCGCGGGGCGUCGUUCUCUUCGUCGGCGACGGGAUGGGGAUGAGCACACUGACGGCAGCGAGGAUCCUCUCGGGUCAACGUCAUGGAAACACGGGCGAGGAAGCGGAACUCGCCUGGGACAGCUUCCCAGCCGUCGCUCUGGCAAGGACUUACAACAUGGACGCCCAAGUUGGAGAGUCUUCGGCAUGUGCCACGGCGCUGCUCUGCGGAGUUAAAGCCAAUUACGAGACCGUCGGCUUGGACUCGUCCGCACGCUUUGAGAACUGUUAUUCCAGUUUUGAUGCCCGUGUACCGUCCCUUAUCAAUUGGGCGCAGGAGCAGGGUAAAUCGACGGGCCUGGUCACGACCACGAGAGUGACACACGCGACACCGGCGGCCCUUUACGCGCAUUCGGCAAGCCGUUACUGGGAGGACGACGGCAAGGUGCCACCUGCUGCACGGACCUCCUGCAAGGACAUCGCACGUCAGCUGCUCGAGGACGAACCCGGCCGCAACAUAAACGUGGUCCUCGGCGGGGGCAGGCGUCAUUUCGUGCCGAAAGUGGUCCAGGAUCCGGAGGAGCCGGAGAAAGACGGCAGACGAUUGGACGGAAGGAAUCUGAUCGAAGAAUGGUCCAGGAACCACCGGUUGCGGAACGUGGCAGCGAAAUACGUCGCUAACAAGGAGCAGUUCGUGAACGUCGAUCCACGGAAAGUGAACCAUCUUCUUGGACUGUUUUCCUAUUCCCAUAUGGACUUCGACGUCGACCGAAACACGAACGGGACCGGUGACCCCUCGCUGGCUGAAAUGACUAUAAAGGCGCUCCGUGUACUGGCGAAGGAUCCCGAAGGAUAUUUCCUCUUCGUCGAAGGUGGUAGAAUUGACCACGCGCAUCACUAUAACAACGCUUAUCGAGCACUGGACGAAACACUGGCGUUGGAGGAAGCGGUGAGGGCCGUAAUGAAGGAAGUCGACCUGUCGGAAACGCUACUCGUCGUGACGGCAGAUCACUCGCACGUGCUUACACUCGGCGGUCUCGCAACGCACCGUGGGAAUCCUAUAUUCGGUUCCGACAGCAAGAUGUCAGACGUUGAUGGACAGUCGUAUACAACGUUGCUGUACAGUAAUGGGCCCGGGUACACGCAUCCGAGGAAUAUAUUACGAGAGGGCGGCAAGGACUCCAUUCAGACGGCGGGUGUGCCGCGAGCCUGGGCGACCCACGCAGGAGAGGACGUGCCGGUAUUCGCCAUAGGCCCGUUGGCGAAUGUCUUGUUCUCGGGCAGCAUCGACCAGAGCUAUAUACCACAUGCCAUCUCGUACGCCGGCUGCCUGGGCCACCACGCGAGCCGUUGCUCCCGAGAUUCCACGUCGAGCAACGACACAAUGAGCGUCCCGAUAAGCUGUCCCUCGGCGGAGCCAAACAGCGCCGCGAUAUCCAGCGACGUGAUGAAUGACCAGGCUAGAAAUCCACCCACGAAAUCCGCCGCGUCUCCCGAAGCGACCGCAUGCCGUUCGCCGACUAGCAGUGUCCUGCUGCCCCUUAUCCUGGCCAUUCUGCUGUGCUCGUUCGAGGGAAGGAGUUAAUGCCCGUUAGACUCUCUUCCAGUGAAUGGCUUCCUGUUACCUGCGACGUGAACGUCCCGAAGAAGCUCCCAGGAUAAUCUGCCGUGUCAGGACAACAGGUGAUCCAAACGAUCGCCGGCCGCCAGACAGGACCGGCGGAUUAAGAAUCCUGGACGAUUCUGCGAGUCGGACGAAGAGGCUUUGCUCGGGGCGCCUUCGCGCGACCUCCUCGCUACCAGACGCGGCUCCGACGGUCCGGGUCUAUUUCAUUCUAUCGGGCGGAACGAACUGGAGGAUCACGGGCCGAAUCUGAGAUCAAAGGAGCCUGCGAUCUAGGCUCGCCGCGAAUUUUCUUAACGCGUGGGUGCAGAUUGAUCAACGACCGGGGCGCCCCUCGCGAGGGGCGGCCGCUCCGCUCGUCGAAGCCGUUCGGAAAAUCCAGGGUAUCCUUGAACACGACUGGCUCCGGUGUGUCCUGUCGAGCCGACGUUCCGUCGCGACGGCGUCGAGGGGAAGAGCUAAUCCCGGCGGCGGCGCUUCUUCCAGGCGGGAGGAUCGCGCGCGGCCAGACGCGCCGGUUAAUCAGCGUCACCGGCCAACGGAUGAUCCCUGGAUGCCAGGAUGCGGUCCUGGAAACGUUCGGAAACACGCAACAAUAAAUCGGCCGACUCGCGGCCGAAACGCCGCCAGAGUCCCCGGGUGUUUUACGGCGGAUCACGCGGAAACGAUCGCCGGCAAUUUAUCGUGGCUCACGGGUGUCGGGUCGUCCGCGGAGUCAAUUCGGCCGAUAUUCGGCCGCGUCGAACAGCUCCGCUCCGCUCGGUCCUCGGUCCUCUCCUCGUCGCGUCCCGUCGCUUCGAACACGAGCUUAAUGGCCGCCGCCGUCGUCGUCGUCGUCGUCUCCUAAUUCCGCUAAGAAUUUCGAAUUCUAUGACAACGGGGCUGGGAUUGGAGCAGCUUGGGGACAAUUUGCGAAGAUAAUGACUAUCUCAAGACUGCUCGGUGAACUUUUCCAACUUUCGAAGUCCUCGCAGGGAUCUAAAUGAGGUUUACAAGUGGUACGUGACGGGGAUACUUUCCCGGCGGAGGCUCGCGAAGAGUUCCGAUGAACUCGACGGUUCAAUUAAAGGGGUGUUGAUUACGGCGAAACAGAUAUUAGGUGGCUACGAAGCAAAGCGCGGCGCUCGCGAUGGAGUUCGGGAAACAGAGCCCGGUGGAAGUGAUUGCUGUCUCGUGGCACCGUCUUCCUCUCUCUCUCUUUCUCUUUUUCUCUCUCUCUUUCUCUCUUUUUCUCGCUCUUUCUUUCUUUCU